AUGUGGCGUUUCGUUGCUAUUUUACUGUCCACGUUCAUUUUUAAAUCGGAUGCCUAUUUUGUGACUCUUGAUGCUAAUGCUGAAGAAUGUUUCUAUGAUAGAGCAAAACCUGGUGAUAGACUUACUCUGUUCUUCGAGGUAUCAGUUGGUGGCUUCUAUGAUAUCAACGUCAAAUUUACAGCACCUGAUGGUAAAGUCCUUUAUUCCGUGGAAAAGGAAUCAAGUGGGCACUUUUCCCUAACAGCUAAUAUGGAGGGGAAGUACACGUACUGUUUUGACAACAAAAUGAGCACAGUGACGCCUAAAACUGUGCUUUUCGCCCUCGAAAAAGGGGGUGACAAUAUCAAAAAGGAGGAGGGAAUUUCACCCGAGCAAAAUAAGCUUAUUGAUAUGGUGAAUGAACUUUCCAACGCGGUUCUUAAUGCCAAACACGAGAUGGAAUAUCUCGAAGUUCGUGAAAAUCUACAUCGUGCCAUUAAUGAAAAUACCAACUCGCGAGUUGUAAUGUGGGCCGCUUUUGAGGCCGUCAUUAUCGUUGGAAUGAGUAUGGGGCAAGUUUACUACCUGAAACGUUUCUUCGAGGUUCGCCGUAUGGUUUAG